AGCGGUAAAGUCUUGGCACGUGUAAACAAACAGUUUAGGUUAUGCAUAUCGUUUCAAUCGUGCUUUUCACGCGAGUAUAAAACCAUAAAAAUGGAUACAAAAGACGAAAAUGAGACGGAAAAAGGUGACCAAGAAGAAGAAAAAGAUUCGCAACAAGAGACAAUUAACGUCAUCACCUGUAACGAGGAUUUAAGUCCUUUAUUUGAACAAAGCGAUCACAGCAUCAAUAAGAUUCACUUUUCGGAGGUUCCACAAAUCUGUAGGGACGAGCCAUGCCAGCUUGGGGUGGACGAGGCAGGUCGCGGUCCGGUUCUAGGUCCAAUGGUUUACGGGAUCUCGUAUUCUCCCCUGUCGCGUAAGCAGUUGCUGGUCGAUCUGGGGUGCGCCGAUUCCAAAAGUCUAACGGAAAAGAAGCGCGACGAGAUAUUCGAUGACAUCUGCAAGAAUGAGGACAGUAUAGGCUGGGCGAUCGAGGCGAUAUCGCCGAACGUUAUCGCCAACAGCAUGUAUCGUCGUACCAAAGUCUCCCUCAACGAGGUCUCCAUGCUCUCGGCCAUCAGACUGAUCGAGAGAGCGAUCGAGGCUGGUGCAAACGUCGCCGAGAUCUACGUGGACACGGUCGGCAAACCGGAGUCUUACCAGGCCCGACUGAAAGGCGUGUUUCCCGGGCUGAAGAUAGUCGUGGCGAAGAAAGCGGACGCAACCUAUCCGAUCGUCAGCGCGGCCAGCAUAUGUGCCAAGGUGUCGCGAGAUCAUGCGAUACGAGCGUGGAGGUUCCGCGAGGGUGACUCCAUCGGGACCGAAUACGGUAGUGGCUAUCCGACCGAUCCGGUCACCAAAAAGUGGCUGUCCGCGAACGUGGAUGAGGUGUUCGGCUUUCCGCAGCUCGUUCGAUUCAGCUGGUCCACCGCGGAGCAGAUUCUCGAGUCGAAAGCGCUGGCGGUGGAAUGGGAGGAGACCGAGGAAACGGAGAUGCCCAAUGAGCAGAAGAUUUCCAUUUUUGCCAAGUCUCCGACUAAAUCGUCUAACGUUCAUACGAAAAAACACCCCUUCUUUAUGGAACGCUGUCUGUCGAACGCGAGUGUCUUAUGAUCAUUGAAAAAAAUAUGUUAACUUUUUCACUAAACCUUUUAUUAAAUUACUGUUUUAUUAAUUGGACAUAUAUUAGUAUUUAAGUCAUAUAUACGUUUGUUAGAUUUGUUAUGAUCAAUUUAAAUGCUCUCUUUUAUACGUUCAAUUAAUA